CUAUUCAGCCGAGGACAGCUCUUACUCUCACAUGUGCGCUCACACUUAUCUGCACAAUCGACGCAUGCACUGCUGUGCCUCAGUUUUUGGAGCAAACUCAACCUGGUCAAGACUGAUGACAUCGUCAGUGUCAGUUCUUUGCCUGACAUCAAAGGUGAUGAACAGGAGCUCAAUGAUGGGUGGGAUCAAAUUAUUGUUGAGUAG